GGACUCCUUGAAAAAAGAACAUAAACCUUCAAAAUCAAAAUCCCUCCAUUUUCCCUUUCAGUCUUGUUCUGAUUCAUUUUCCUUCUUUCCCAAACCCAUAAACCCUAGCAAGCCACCAUCACCUCACCAUGGAGUGGAACCCUCAGACCCUCCAAUUCCUCUCGGAAUGCUUCCUCCACACUCUCUCCCCCUCGCCGGAGCCCCGCCGCCGCGCCGAGUCCUCCCUCGCCGAGGCCGCCGACCGCCCCAACUACGCCCUCGCCGUCCUCCGCCUCGUCGCCGAGCCCUCCAUCGACGAUCAGAUCCGCCAGGCCGCCGCAGUCAACUUCAAGAACCACCUCCGCCUCCGCUGGGCCUCCGACGACUCCCCCGUCCCCGACCCCGAGAAAGACCAGAUCAAAACCCUAAUCGUCCCCCUCAUGCUCUCCGCCACCCCCAAAAUCCAAUCUCAACUCAGCGAAGCCCUCGCCCUAAUCGGUCACCACGAUUUCCCCAAAUCCUGGCCCUCUCUUCUCCCUGAACUCAUCGCAAAUCUCCAAAAGGCUUCCCAGUCCUCCGAUUACGCCUCCAUUAACGGUAUUCUCGGCACCGCUAACUCUAUUUUCAAGAAAUUUAGGUUUCAGUAUAAAACCAAUGACCUAUUACUGGACUUAAAGUACUGUCUCGACAACUUCGCCUCUCCUUUGUUGGAGAUUUUCCUCAAGACGGCGUCGUUGAUUGACGCUGGCGCCAUGAACCUGCGCCCGCUCUUUGAGUCGCAGAGGCUGUGCUGCAGGAUAUUCUACUCGCUGAAUUUUCAGGAGCUGCCUGAGUUUUUCGAGGAUCACAUGAAAGAGUGGAUGGGUGAGUUUAGGAAGUAUCUCACCACUAGCUACCCUGCUCUUGAGAGCAGUGGUGCUGAUGGUGUUGCGCUUGUUGACGAGCUUCGGGCCGCGGUUUGCGAGAAUAUUAACCUCUACAUGGAGAAGAAUGAGGAGGAGUUUCAGGGGUUCUUGAAUGAUUUUGCUCUUGCUGUGUGGACUUUGCUUGGGAAUGUGUCACAGUCGUCCAGCCGGGACCGGCUUGCGAUUACCGCGAUUAAGUUUUUGACCACAGUUAGUACUAGCGUGCACCAUACUUUGUUUGCGAGUGAUGGGGUGAUACCGCAGAUUUGCCAAUGUAUUGUGAUACCGAAUGUGAGGUUGAGGGAGGAUGAUGAGGAGCUGUUUGAGAUGAAUUAUAUUGAGUUUAUUAGGAGGGAUAUGGAAGGGAGUGAUCUUGAUACUAGGAGGAGGAUUGCUUGUGAGUUGCUCAAGGGUAUUGCGAUGUAUUAUGGGGAUGCUGUGAAAAGCAUUGUUUCUGCGCAGAUACAGAAUUUGUUGAGUUCGUAUGCUGCUAACCCUGGGACAAAUUGGAAGGACAAGGAUUGUGCUAUUUACUUGGUGGUUUCUCUUGCAACCAAGAAGGCUGGGGCUAGUGUUGUCUCCACGGAACUCGUUGAUGUUCAGAGCUUUUUUGAGUCUGUGAUUGUCCCCGAGCUGCAAAGUGCAGAUGUGAAUGGGUAUCCUAUGCUCAAGGCCGGUGCACUCAAAUUUUUUACUAUGUUCCGGACGCAAAUAUCGAAGCCUGUGGCAUUGAAAUUUUUUCCAGAUUUGGUUCGUUUCCUUACUGCAGAGUCAAAUGUUGUUCAUUCUUAUUCUGCAAGCUGUAUUGAAAAACUCCUGUUGGUGAAGGAUGAGGGGGGUGGAGCACGUUAUACUUCAGCAGAUAUCAAUCCAAUUUUCCCUGUGCUGAUGAACAAUCUCUUCGGUGCCUUUAAGCUCCCAGAGUCUGAAGAGAAUCAAUAUGUAAUGAAAUGUAUUAUGAGGGUUCUUGCUGUUGCGGAUAUCUCUAUUGAUGUUGCACGUGUUUGCGUUGAAGGGUUGGGCUCUCUUCUUGCUGAAGUUUGCAGAAAUCCAAAAAAUCCCACAUUCAAUCACUAUCUCUUUGAGUCAGUAGCCAUUCUUGUUAGGCGGGCUUGUGAGGGGGACUCAACUCUUGUAUCUGUUUUUGAAGCAAGCCUUUUUCCUAGGCUUGAAGUAAUAUUGACCAAUGAUGUGACUGAGUUUUUACCAUACACGUUUCAGUUGCUUGCUCAGCUUGUUGAGUUAAACAGGCCACCCAUCCCUCCAAUCUACAUGCAGAUAUUUGAGCUUCUAUUGUCACCUGAAACAUGGAAAAGAGCCUCAAAUGUUCCUGCACUUGUGCGUCUGCUCCAGGCCUUCCUUCAAAAGGCACCGAAUGAGAUCACCCAAGGGGAUAGGCUGACCAAAGUGCUUGGCAUAUUUGACACACUAAUCCAAGCUUCAAGCACAUCUGAACAAGGAUUUUAUGUGCUUAACACUGUCAUUGAAAGUCUUGAGUAUAAUGCUAUUAAACCAUAUAUUUCUCACAUUUGGGCCGCACUUUUCAGAGAGCUCCAGAAAAGGCGGACAGUAAAGCUCAUCAAGUCUCUCUUGAUAUUUAUGUCUCUCUUCCUGAUUAAGCAUGGUGCUGCAAAUGUUGUUGAUACUAUGAACAGUGUCCAGCCUGAUAUUUUUGUUGUGAUUUUGAAUCAGUUCUGGAUUCCUAAUCUUAAGCUGAUUACAGGAGCUAUAGAACUCAAAUUGACUGCAGUUGCCUCAACCAGACUCAUCUGUGAGUCUCCAGUUCUUUUGGAUCCUGCAGCUUCUGUGUCCUGGGGUAAGAUGGUGGACAGCAUAGUCACACUCCUUUCUCGGCCAGAAGAGGAUAGAGUUCAGGAGGAACCUGACAUGCCAGAUAUAACAGAAAAUGCGGGUUAUAGCACCACCUUUGUUCUUCUUUAUAAUGCUGGAAAGAAAGAAGAAGAUCCACUUAAAGAUAUAAGAGAUCCCAAGGAGUUUUUUGUGGCAUCAUUGUCCCGACUUUCUGCACUUUCACCUGGGAGGUAUCCUAAGGUCAUCAGUGAAAAUGUUGAUCCUGCAAAUCAAGCAGCAUUGCUUCAGCUUUGCAACACUUACAAUCUUUCAAUAGUUUGAGAUUGAAUGCUGGAAUACAAUGAGGAAUUACUGUCCGGGUCCCUCAGCCUUCUUCAACAUUUAUGAGCUAGCUAAAGGUACUUCUUGCAUUGAAACAAGGAGGUUUUGGUGGCUAUUAUCAUCAUCCAUUUUUGUCAGUGCCAUGAAUGCUGAACUGAAUUUCCUAUCGGUCCCAUUUUGAACACUGUAAGCAUGUGUCUUGAAGUGCGAUUUGGUCUGUUGGGAUCUUAAUGUAAAUUUUUUCAUGCUUCUUCCCAUUCCCAUUUUCCUAUUUUCCUGCUGUUUCAGCAUGCAUGCCUGUGAGCAAAUUGUAAUCCAUAUCUUCGGUGCAGUCAUUUGUGUAAACUUGCAUUUUAAAGUAAAUUUUAACUCAACACUUUACGUAAUUGAUUGAAAUUUAUUGGAAA